GGAGGAGGCGCGUCCAGGCCCUCGGCUGGAAGAGGAGGAGGAGGCGCGUCCAGGCCCUCGGCUGGAGGAGGAGGAGGCGCGUCCAGGCCCUCGGCUGGAGGAGGAGGAGGCGCGUCCAGGCCCUCGGCUGGAGGAGGAGGCGCGUCCAGGAAAUCGGCUGGAGGAGGAGGGGGAGGAGGCGCGUCCAGGCAAUCGGCUGGAGGAGGAGGCGCGUCCAGGCCCUCUAAAGGAGCCUAAAGUGUCUCCAUCAGGUGUUGAACUGGCGCAGGAGAUUCAGGUGACCGUUACCCUGACGGAGGGCCGGGAGUCUCCACAGAGGUCUGGAACUCUAGCGGACGUGUCAUCGCUUGCCUCCCAGAGUCCCGCCUCACCCGUCGACGAUUUCCAACAGGAACUGGAAAUAUCAGACUCUUUACAAACGGAAAAAGGUGCGGCGCCCGAGGAGGCUUUGCCCUGCGACGUAGAGGGGGAGGAGACCAAAUCGGAGGACUCAAAAACUACUUUAGCCACACCCACCAAAGAAAUAUCUCAUGAGCUUUUGGAGGAGACUACUGAAGAGGCUCCUGUGGAGGAGGAGGAGCCUAUGGAAGUAGCACCUGUAGAAACAAAGCUUUUGGAAUUGGCUGCAAUGGAGACUACUGUUGAGCAGAAUGUUAUGGAACCCAUGCAGGAGGUGCAGGAUGCAGUUGCAGAAAAGGAGGUUGAGGAGAAGUUGCAGGGGUUGGAGGAUGAGGAGUUGCCUCCAAUUGUUUUGGACGAGGGGGAAGUGUUGCUUCCAAAUGUAUUGCCCAUUGCAGAAGACACAAUCAGAGAAAAUGAGCUUAGUCCCAUGGCUGAACUUCCUGAAAUGGAGAGCCCCGUAGACAUGGAUACUACAGAAGAAAUGGAUAUCAUGCCCGCCAGCAACCGCAGCCUCUCGGACUUCAGCUCACCGAGUGGAGAGGACAAAGCCCCAAAGGCUUCCCCUGAGCUCUCGCUCAUGCCAAUCCAGCCCCUCUUCCCUACAGAGUCCUUCCCCAGGGAGGCCAGCCCUCCUUGGGUUCAGGUCCAAAUCCAGGCCCAGGCUGCUCCACCACAGACACAACCUCAUUCUGGAUAUAGUGCUUGUGUGCCUCCCACCACCACAACCUUUUUCCCCCUAACUCCCAAGAUUGGCAUGGGGAAGCCUGCCAUCUCCAAGAGGAAGUUCUCCCCUGGGAGACCAAGGGUGAAGCAGGGUCGUGGUUCGGGCUUCCCUAGAAGGCGGAGGCCCCGCGGGACCAACCUAUCUGGGCGCGGGGGCCGCGGACGCUCUCGAGGACUCAAAGCCGACACCACCCUCGCCAUGACCCCUGGGGCCAGCUUUGUGGAGCAGCCGUACAUGGUGAAAGAAGAGGAGGAGAAUGCCAUGCACAACACUGUGGUCAUGUUCUCAACCUCAGACCACUUCACUCUCAGACAGGACAUGUGUGUGGUGUGUGGAAGUUUUGGCCAGGGGUCAGAGGGCAGGCUGCUGGCCUGCUCCCAGUGUGGCCAGUGUUACCACCCCUUCUGUGUCAACAUCAAGAUCACCCGGGUGGUGCUGAGUAAAGGCUGGCGCUGUCUGGAGUGCACGGUGUGCGAGGCGUGCGGCCAGGCCAGCGACCCAGGCCGCCUGCUGCUGUGUGACAACUGUGACAUCAGCUACCACACAUACUGCCUGGACCCACCCCUGCAGACGGUGCCCAAGGGCAGCUGGAAGUGCAAGUGGUGUGUCUCCUGUACCCAGUGCGGUGCCACCUCCCCCGGCACGAGGUGUGACUGGCAGAACAACUACACCCAGUGCGGCCCCUGUGCCAGCCUGGCAUCAUGCCCAAUGUGCAUGCGCAGCUACCGUGAGGACGAGCUCAUCGUGCAGUGCCGCCAGUGUGACAGGUGGAUCCAUGCCUGCUGCCAGGGCCUGGUCACAGAUGAGGAGGUGGAGAAUGCAGCAGAUGAUGGCUUUGACUGCACCAUGUGUCGACCACACGCUCUGCCUUCACAGGGCAAAGUGGAGGCCCUCCUAUCUGACGGCUGCGAGGCCCCGAUGGUGGCCCAGAUUGUGUCUAAAACGAGAGAGCCAGAAAUCCAGAAGACAUACACCCAGGAUGGGGUGUGUCUGACCGAGUCUGGCCUGUGCCAGCUGGAGAGCCUGACAGUGCCCUCCUCAACCCGCCGAGGGCAGAACAGGCGGCCCAAACCCAAGCUCAAGCUGAAGAUCAUCAACCAGAACAGCGUGGCUGUGCUCCAGACCCCACCGUACCCCCACUACUCAGAGCUGUCCCAGGACGGGGACGGGUACAUGGACGAUCGCGGAGAAGGGGAUCUCCUGAUGGACUGUGACUUGAAGUCGGACUCCAGUCCGGAACGGGAGCCUGUCGACGACGACGCAAAGGGGGCCGACGGCAACAAGAAAAGGAAGAGGAAACCUUACCGGCCCGGUAUUGGAGGGUUUAUGGUCCGCCAGAGAAGCAGGACGGGACAAGGGAAAGCCAAGCGAUCCCUAUCCAGGAAAUACUCAACAGGAUUGUUACCUGAGAACCCAAUGUGCAAAGAAGAAGGGUGGAACAAGACGGAGAGUACUCAAGCAGAGGAGACCCCACCUGUGUCUGAAUGUCUGGAGAAGGUCAAGAAAAGAUACCGCAAAAAGAGAACCAAACUGGAAGAGGAGUUCCCUUCGUACCUGCAGGAGGCUUUCUUUGGAAAGGAGCUGCUGGACAAGAGCAAGCAGAGCAGGCAGGCGGGCCUGGUGACCACAGGGCUCUGUGAGGAGAUCUCAGGGGCCCAUGCAGAGACCAAACCCCGCAGCGUCAAUGCCAGUUUUCUGGACCCCUCCUCAGACCCGCUGCUCAGCGCUACCUCGACCACCAUACCCAUCUCCAGCAAAGGAGGAGGACUGUCCAAUUCCGAGGAUCCCUUAGUGGACCUUCCGGAAGUCCUAAGCACGGAUGCAGAUCUCCUGGGAAUGCUGUCGGAUGAUCUGGUGAAGCAGGGGAAUGAUUCAGCUGGUCUGGACAUGGCCCCCAUCUCUGAUGAUCCCAUUGGGCCCUGUCAGGGCUCUGCAGGCCGGGGGCCCAGGGCUCUACAGGCGGAGCCUCUGGAUGUCAUCCUGAGCCCAGAACUGGACAAGAUGGUCACAGAUGGUGCAAUUCUCAGUAAACUCUACAAAAUCCCAGAGCUGGAGGGGAAGGAUGUGGAAGACCUCUUCACAGCGGUCCUUAGUCCCAGCACCAGCCAGCCUCCACAGCUGUCUCACCCUGGGGCCAGUGGACCUGGAGCCAUGGCCCUUCCAAACCCAGGCGACGGUGGGAUGUUCCCCCGGAUGCCAAUGAUAAACGGCAUGAUGGGGCCCAACCCCCAUUUUCCUCCAACUCCCAUGAUGCCCGGCGGCACAGGCCCCUAUGGCCCCAGCAACUUCUCGCCCAUCCACAGAAUGCCUUUCCAAGAGAAUAUGAGGGACAAGAAGUUUAGCCAGAUGGGGGGUGACAUAGUGGUUCCAUGGAGCGCGCCCAUCCCCGGCCCCCUUACAGAGGGGGAGACAGACACCAUGUCCAACGCACAGCGGAGCACGCUCAAGUGGGAGAAGGAGGAGACUCUGGGCGAGAUGGCCACUGUGGCCCCAGUCCUUUACACCAACGUCAACUUUCCCAACCUCCUAGGGGAGUUCCCAGACUGGGCUAUGAGAGUGAAACAAAUCGCAAAAUUAUGGAGGAAAGCCAGUUCCCAGGACAGGGCCCCAUAUGUGCAAAAGGCACGUGAUAACCGGGCAGCGCUGCGUAUUAACAAAGUUCAGAUGUCCAACGAUACACUGAAGAGACAUCAGAAUCCUCACCAGCAGCCGUUGACUGACCCCUUUGACUCCAAUAGUGUCCCAAUGGACGCUGAGCUGCUCUUCAAAGAUACUCUCAAGCCCAAGGAGUCUGAGCAUGAGCAGGAGUGGAAGUUCAGACAGCAAAUGAGACAAAAGACCAAGCAGCAAGCGAAGAUCGAAGCUACUCAAAAGCUGGAGCAGGUUAAAAAUGAGCAGCAACAACUCCAGCAGCAGCAACAACAACAGCUGUUUAGCAGUCAAUCAUGUGGAGAUACAACACCUAAUAGUGGGAACCAGAGCCCCAUGACACCUCAGCCCAGCAAUGGUGGAAAGUCUGGAAACUCAUCCCCUCUGCAGCCAAUAGUGUCUAAGGAUGGCUUCGCAAGACCCCAACUUCCAGUCACGCCCUCCUCCGGGUCACAGGAUGCCGUGUUCCUCAGACCACAGCUCCUACCUCCGUCGUCGAGGACACCCACCCAGGAGACCUCGUACCCGCAGCAGGGACCAUCCUCCGAGCCCCAGUCACCACAGAUGUACUCCCCGAGUUCCUCCUCAGGCUCCCGGCCAUCCUCACCUUGGGACCCCUAUGCCAAGAUUGUGGGCACCCCGAGACCGCCCCCUGGGGAUGGCGGAUCCACCACGCCCCAGCAGAACUCUCUGUCAGAGAUGCAGGAAAGUGGAGGGAGGCCUUCCCCAGCACACAAGUCCUUUGGCUCGCCCACGUCUGGUAAUGCUGACCCUUAUGCUAAGAUGCCAGAUACCCCCAGGCCACCUGACUCGUUUGUGAAACCCAUGGGACCCGCCAGGGUGGGCCCUUCAGGACUCGUUGAGCAGCAGCAAAAGCAGCAGGUCAGGCACAUGAUGAGCCCUCCCUCUGGAGGAGAGGCUUUUGCCAGGAUAGGGGGCCACCGAGCUGAGGUCUACCAGCGCAUGUCUCACAACCGCAUGAUCCUCUCGGACCCCUACUCCAGGCCCUUGCUCACUCCCAUCCCCGGCAGCAAUGAGUCGGGCUCUGUGCCGGUGUUCAAAGCCCCCAUGCCUCCCCAGCAGUCCCAGCAAGAGCCCUACGGUGGCCCUAUGCCUGGGGUACUUAGACGAGGGCCAUCUAAUGGCUUUCCCCAAGGACCACAGGCCGACCCCUAUGCCCAGCAGCCCCUCACCACCCGUUCGCCCAUGGGGGAAGGGUUCCCCAAUGAGCCCAGGAUGAUGCGCCAAUCCCAGGAGGGCCAUUUCUCUCAACCCAUGCCAAUGAUGAGACACCCUCACAGAAACUCAUACGCCCAAGCACCAUCCACCCCGAGACCAGAUUAUUCCCAGCAGAUGCCUGACCCGUACGCCCAACCGCCAGGCACCCCCAGACCACACUCAGAUCCUUCAUACCUGCAGAAGCCACCUAGCCUUCAUCUAGACCAGUUUCCCCAGCAGCACCCAGCCAAUCGCAGACUGUCUCCAUCUCACUCCACUGAUCCUUAUGCCUCCAUGCCAGGUACCCCCAGACCUGCCCAAGGGGAUAGAUUUCCCAAAUCCCCUGCUAGUCAAAGGAACAUGGACCCCUAUGCCCAACAAACUGGUACCCAUCGGCCCUCCAAUGCCAUUCUAUACGCACAGCCCCCUGGAACCCCAAGACCACUCCUCACCGACCCUUACUCCCAAGCUUCAGGGACGCCCCGACUAGGAGCGGGUCCUGACGCCUUCAAUCGACUAGGCUCCAGACCGAUACCUAUGUCCCAACUCCCAGCUGACCCCUUCUCCCACCAGUCUCCGGGCAGGAUGCAGGACACGUUUGCCCAUCCAAGUGCCCCAGGCUUUCAGAUAUCGAAGCACCCGGAAAUGUCAGACGAAAGUUUCUCUCUGCCACAGUCGAAUCAUCACGGUGGUCAAACGCCGAUUCACGACCCCUUUGAACAGGGUCCAAUGAAACCUUGUGCUCAAGCUUCAGAAAGGCCAGCCCAUGAUAUCUCCCAGUUGAGCAGCAACACUGUUGCUGCUCAGAACAGCAUGCAGCCACACCUGGGAGACACUGAGGAGAAGCUCAGACAGCGGCAGAGACUGCGACAGCUAAUCCUGAGGCAGCAGCAACAGAAGACGGCCAUCCGGCAAGAGAAGGGACUACUACUGGAAGCUGGUGGAGCUACUGGUGCGGUGACCCGUCACUGGUCACAAGAAGAUCCCACCCUUCAGAGCCACAUGUUUGGCAGACCACCACCCCCUUACCCAGGACCCAUGAGGGGCGGCCCCCAAGUUCUCGGGGGGUCAAAGGUUCCCUGGUACCUUCCUAGGGGACCAGCGAGGACCCUUCCCCAACAAGGGACAGUUUGCCAUACCCGACUUCCCCAGGGACAUGGACAACAUGGGCUUGAGGCCCCAAGGAAUGAGCGCUUUGAGUACCUCAGUUGGUUUGGAUUUCCCUCCGGCCAGGAGCAACAUUUCCUCAGACCCCCUCAGCAGAUGCCCGGCGGGCCCAUGGUCGAUAACAUUCCUCCCCAGAUGAGAAGGUCCCUCUCGGUGGACUUUUCCAGGAGGGGCAACCCCCUGACAGGACUCCCCCAGGACUUCCCUCCACGGGGCCUUACCGUCCAGCAGCACAAUAUCAUGGGUCAGCCGUUCAUUGAGCUCCGCCACAGGGCCCCUGAGAACCGGAUCAAGAACCCCUUUGGGCAUGGACCUCCCGACGUCAUGGACCCCUCCAACCAAACCCAGAGACCACCCCAGUGCUUCAUGGGAGGCCAGGAGAUUGGCAUUGCCAGGAACCAGGGACCAAGAACGAUGGCUCCCAUGAUGGGCAGACCUUCCCAGGGAUCGGUUGGCCAAAUGCAGAUGUUGGCUAGUAUGGAGAACCUGCACCAGCAGCAGACUGAAGUGCAGGUGACCACUGAACAACAACAGCAUCCUCCACUGAAUAGGUCCCUCAGCCACCCUGUCACUAGUGAGUUACUCAAUGCAGAGCCAUCUGGUGUGCUCUUGCCUGGGUCUAGCACCGGUCAAACGGAGGAGACUCAGAUACCCAGUGGAGACGGAAUCGACGAAAACCUGGACGCUGACGACUCUGCAGUGAAGGACCUCGAAGACGUGGAGGUCAAAGACCUGGUUGACCUGAACCUGAACCUCGACCCGGAUGAUGGCAAAGACCUGGACCUGGGAUCCAAUGACCUGCACCUCGACGACUUCCUCAUGUCUGGGAAGUUUGACCUCAUCGCCUACACGGAUCCUGAGCUCAACCUGGAAGACAAGAAAGACAUGUUCAGUGAAGAUCUCGACCUGGGUGACCCCAUGGAGGAACACCAACAGGGAGAGACCUCGGACCUCCAGAAAGCCCUGUCGGAGAAGAGGAACGCCAGCGGAGACUGCGCAGCCACUUCGUCCCAGUCCGUAGGGAAAUCCAUCAAAUCAGACGGCCAAAUCAGACAGGAGGCCAACAAAUCGAAAGAGACUUUGGACAUAGUCAAAAUAGAGGAAACAAUCAAAAUGGAGGUCAAAGAUGGACACAUGAAAAACCAGGACCAGCCACUCUGCAGUGGCCGGAUGAAUGACAACAGAACCAUGACUAACCAAGAGGGCGCAGGGCUGUAUGAGCAGCCUGGACAUACAGUCUCGGCUCCGGGCCUCUCCAACCUUCUGGUCAAAGAGAAACUGGAAAACAUUGGGUUAGUCCCAACCGGCUCUCCUCAUCAAGGGAACAUAGCUGCCCAGUCGAACCAGGCCACUGGGCUACACCCAAACACAGGCAUGCAACAUGCCCAAGACAACAACAGGCUCAAUCCCAGCGUGGCUAUGGGACAUCGGGUGAACCCUGCGUUGGUUCAGAGCAGGCUUUCAAUGGGAAACCCAAACCACAUCCUUGGGGGGAACCACAGUUUCGGGGCCUCAGUAAACCAGCAGGUGGAGCUAAACCUAGCCAUGGUGGGAGCCAGUCAGCAGCCCACUGCCCAUGGCCUGAACCUCCAGGGCCAGCAAGGCUCCUUGCUGGGGCAGGCCGGCCCACAAAACAGGCCUCUGCUGCUGGACGAGCAGCCCCUCCUACUGCAGGACCUGCUGGACCAGGAGAGGCAAGAGCAGCAGCAGCAGAGGCAGAUGCAGGCAAUGAUCCAACAGCGCUCCAGCGACUCCUUCUUCCCCAACAUAGAUUUUGAUGCCGUCACAGACCCGAUCAUGAAGGCUAAGAUGGUAGCCCUGAAGGGAAUCAAUAAAGUCAUGGCUCAGAACAGCAUGGGAAUGCCCUCAAUAGUCAUUAACAGCAAUGAUCCUCUCAGAAUUCAGCAUACGCCAGGAGCCCAUGGACCAGAUGCUGCUGACACUCUGCCUCCACAUGUGUUUGGACAGGACGGGAAGUUGGCUCCACAGAUGGCGAGACCGAACCCCCCAAAUUUUGGACCUGGAUUUGUCAACGAUGAAAAGAGGAAGCAGUACGAGGAGUGGCUCAAGGAGACCCAACAGCUCCUGCAGAUGCAGCAGAAGUUUCUGGAAGACCAGAUUGGGGCCCACAGGAAAUCCAAGAAAGCCCUGUCAGCCAAACAGCGGACGGCCAAGAAGGCUGGCCGUGAGUUCCCUAAGGAGGACGUCGAGCAGCUGAAGCAUGUGACAGAGCAGCAGAAUGUGGUGCAGAAACAGUUGGAACAGAUUCGGAAACAGCAGAAAGACCAUGCAGAGCUGAUAGAGGAGUACCGUGUCAAGCAGCAACAGCUAAGUCUACAGGCUCCUAUGAUGCCAGGGAUGCCAGCUCAUGCUGCCCCUAUAAUGCCCAGGGGGCCCCCUUUGGGCCAGCCCAUGAUGGAGCCCAUGAUGACAAUGCAGCCCCACCCCAGCCAGCCUAACCUUGCCCGCAUGCCCAACGUGCCAGGCUGGCACCCUGGGGGAGCCCCAGGACCGAUGGGAGGCCCGGGUCCAAGAAUUCCAGCUCAGAUGCCCCCUGCCAGCCCUGCCCAGUUGCACCAGCCCCAGUUACAACCCCAGACCCAACUUCCGCCUCAGCCUCAAUCAGCCUCAAUGGUGCCCGGCGUAAAAGCCACACCUGCAGGCAAAGGAGCAGGAACCCAGGGAGCCAGCGGAGGUAACGGUGGUGGUGGCAGUAAUAGCCUUGCUGUGAAAUUUGAUGAUAACAAUCCAUUCAGCGAGGGCUUCCAGGAGCGCGAGAGGCGGGACCGCAUGAGGGAGCAGCAGGAGAGACAGCGGGUUCAGCUGAUGCAGGAGGUAGACAGGCACCGGGCCAUGCAGCAACGGCUGGAGAUGGAGCAGCAAGGCCUGAGUAUGGGUCCCGCUGGGCUCCCACAUGGCCCCGGAGUUACUAACCCCAGUGGGGAUAGCCUGGCCCACAUGCCAUUCUACAAUACUGAUCUGCCCCAAGACUUCAUGCAGCCCUCUAGACCUCAACAACAAGCACCACCACAGCAGGGGCAGCUAGGGCCCAUGUUCCCCCAGCAGGGCAAUGGGGCCUUCAUGCUGGGGGACGAGCGCAGGCCUAUGCCCAAGACUGGGGCUUUUGGUGGUCCCGAGAUGGGUCCCAAUUUCUGUCCCAAAAACCCCAUGCUGCAGGGGCUCAACUUCCCCUCGGGACUGCCCCGUCCCGCCAGAUUCAGAGGCCCUGGGAUGAUGCCCCAGAGUGGGGGCCGAGGCGAGGGACAGGGACUUCCGUUCGGAAUGGACUCAUCCACCCCCCUGCCUCCAAACUACCCCGGCUCAGGCCAGUCCUUGAUCCAGCUCUACUCCAACAUCAUCCCAGAGGAGAAGGUCAAGAAGAAGAGGAACAGGAAGAAGAAGGGAGACUCGGUCGACGACACAGACUCUGUUAAGACCCCGUCCACUCCCCACUCAGACCGCUGCUCCCCGCUGACGCCCUCCCGCGGGUCUGACACCUCAUCCACCCGGAGCCUCAGCAUUCCCUGUGAGCAGGAUCUGUCCGAUCUUUUCCUCCCAGUGGGGUCCUCUGGUUUGGCCCCCUCCACAGAACUGGAGAGGCAGCUCUCGGGCAGCAGCUUAGCCCAGGGUGGCUACUCCAGCAUGGGCUCUGAGAAUGACCGGGCUCCCCUGUUUGACGAAACCCUCCAAAUCAAGUUGGAGACCAUUGAGACUGAGUGCAGAAGGGACGAGGCGGCCAACGAGGGGUCGGCCUUGCAGCACGUUCCCCCGAGCUGGCGGGACAGUAAAGGUGGAGGAGGGAAGCGAGGGGGGGGUUUUCUUCGCCACUCCACGGUGCCAAAGGUGGCGACACAGGGAACGAGCUGCUUAAGCCUGUUGAAGAACAAGAGCACGCCCCCACCCGGCGCCAAUGCCAACCAGACCUUUCCCACACGGCAGAUAUCCUUUGACAAACUGCGCUCAGAGCAGGAGGACUCAUCAGACCGAAAAGCCACUGCCAGGCCGGCCUUCACCGCCAACAACAUGACUCCCCGGCGCAGUCAGCUGACAGGAAGCACCGAGCUCCUAGAACCCUCGGUGCCGGAACAGGGCAAGAGGAAGCAGCAACGCAACAAACUGAUGCAUAAAAACGGCGUGGAGAAACCACCAUCGCGCUACAAGAGGAGGAAGAAGGAGGAAGAGGAGAAGCCGAUUGGUUAUUCCAGUGCUGACACUCUGAUGACCCAGCUCAAACAGCAGCUUUCCCUGCUGCCCCUGAUAGAGCCCCUGAUGGUGGUGAACUUUGCUCACUUUCCCCCCUUCGGCAGCGGGCAGCUGAACGGGGAGAACAGCCUGUCAGGAUCCUUUGGCAGCGCUUCGUUGGGCGGCGUGUCAGACUACUACUCCCAGCUCAUCUACAAGCGGAACAACUUGAGCAACCCGCCCACCCCUCCAGCAUCACUCCCUUCCACGCCGCCCCCUGUGGCGAGGCAGAAGAUGGUCAACGGGUUCGCCCCGGCCGAGGAUCUUACCAAGAAAGCUGCCAUCUUGGGUGGCCAUGAUGGCCUAAAAGCCAAGCACCUAUCUACAGCGUUCCGAACAGAAAAAGACCUGCUGGCCCAUGCCAUCACCCAGGGGCCCAAGACGGUGGACGUCCCCGCUUCGCUCCCCACACCACCCCAUAACAACCAGGAGGAACUCAGGAGUCAGGACCACUGUGCGGACAGGGACACCCCUGAUAGCUUCGUCCCCUCCUCGUCCCCUGAGAGUGUGGUCGGCGUGGAGAUCAGCCGCUACCCCGACUUGUCAAAUGUCAAGGAGGAGCCCCCCUCCCCUUGCUCCUCCCCUGUAAUUCCCAUGCUGCCUAGCGCCAGCGGGAAAGGGACUGAGAUUAAGCGAGAGGUCAAGACUGAACCCUCAAGCUCCUUUUUCGGCUCCCAGUUCAGACCGGCUCCCUCCUGCUCCAAAGCUGGCCUGGUAUCCAUAGCUAUCACCUUGAAUCCGGUCGCAGCGGAGAACAUCCCUGGCAUGGUGGCUGCGGUAGCCGACCUGCUGUGUGUGAACAUACCUGUUAGCUACGAGGUGAGCCGCGGCCCCGAGCGUAGCUCCCUGGCCCUGCUGGCUGGAGUCAAGGUGCCUCAGACCCAGGGUGUGGAUUCCCACCACGCAGCCAUGUUCCCCCAGCAGCCCCCCCGCCAUGAGGUUCCUGAGACCCCCCGGACCGCCCACUCAUCCGGAAUUAGCCAGCAGCCACCUACCAGCGCUGGUCCGUCUGCCAGGGGAGACGGACCUAAACCCCAGUGGUGCUGGAACUGCAAGGUGCUGGUUCUGGGAAACGGAGUCCGCAAAUCCACCAAAGCCCUACCCUGCAGCAAACGGGAGAGACCGAACCAUGCGGGGAGCAGCAUGGUCUUCUGUAGCCAUAACUGUUUCGUCCUCCACGCCACUGCCACACAAUCCAAAGCCAUGGACAGUAAGCCAAACAUGUCUCCUCUCUUGCCUGAGUCGUCGGUCAAAGAGAGCCCGUCCAAGGUGCUCCACCAGUAUAGUAACAACAUGUCCACACUGGACGUCCACUGCCUGGCCCAGCUGCAGCCCAAACAGUCGCCCCCCUCCAGUCCCCAUCCCAUCUCCUUCCCCUCUGAGAAACCCAAGCCGGACACUCUCAAGGUGACGGUCAAGUUCAAGCAAAGGCCCAGGGCGGUCCACUCAGCCAGCAGGGGAGGUGAUAUGUCGCCGCACCACCACAAGCGCUGGAAGGGCCUGCGUUGGCGCAAGUGGAGUGUACACAUUGUGGUUCCCACUAGGAGAACCCUGCUUUCCUCUCUGCCCGGUGAGGACGAGAUGGAUAAGCUGCUGAGGAAGCUGGGAGCCUCUCUGCGUCCUGAUCCCCUUCCCCGCGACCUUCGACGUUGCUGCUUCUGCCACGAGGAGGGCGACGGUGUGACGGACGGGCCCGCCCGGCUCCUCAACCUGGACCUAGACUUGUGGGUGCACCUUAACUGCGCACUGUGGUCAUCGGAGGUAUAUGAGACGCAGGCAGGCGCCCUUAUCAACGUGGAGCUGGCAUUACGGCGGGGCAUGGCGGUGCGCUGUGCCUACUGCCAGCAGACGGGCGCCACCAGCCGCUGCCACCGGUUGCGCUGCGCCAAUGCCUACCACUUCACAUGCGCCCUCAAGGCCCAGUGCACCUUCUUCAAGGACAAGACCAUGCUGUGCCACCUGCACCGGCCCCGGGGCAUCGGCAGCGACAGGGCCGUGGCACCCGCCACUAACCACGAGCUGCGCUGCUUCGCAGUGUUCCGCCGUGUCUACGUGCAGCGUGAUGAGGCGCGGCAGAUGGCCAGCAUCAUGCAGCGUGGCGAGCACCGGCACACGUUCCGUGUGGGCAGCCUGGUGUUCCACACUGUGGGUCAGCUGCUUCCCCAGCAGAUGGCCGCCUUCCACUCGGCCAACGCCAUCUUCCCCGUGGGCUACCGGGCCAGCCGCAUCUACUGGAGCACUCGUCACGGCAACCGCCGCUGCCGCUACCUGUGCAUGGUGGAGGAGAACGAGGGCCGGCCGGAGUUUGUGGUGCGGGUGAUGGAACAGGGCUACGAUGACCUGGUGCUCACCGGCGCCUCACCCAAAGCUGUCUGGGACAAGAUUCUGGAGCCUGUGGCUGAGCGGCGUAACGAGUCUGGAACUCUGAAACUGUUCCCUGUCUACCUGAAGGGAGAGGACCUGUUUGGAUUCACUGUCACUGCCGUCACCAGGAUCGUGGAAUCGCUCCCUGGAGUGGAGGCCUGUGAAAGUUACACUUUCCGUUUUGGACGGAACCCUCUGAUGGAUCUCCCCUUGGCCAUCAACCCAACUGGCAGUGCCCGCUCGGAACCAAAGACCUGCACGCAUGUCAAGAGAUCUCACACUUUGUCCAGCACCGGCAGCUCCUCUAAGUCCAUGCAGAUGGUUGGCAGUGUGGGUGUGGUGGAAGCACCAGAAGAGGUGACCCCCAAGCAGUUUGCAUCUGUCCCCUUCCAGUACCGACGCAUGAAGGCAGAGUGGAAGAGCAAUGUGUACCUGGCGCGCUCCCACAUUCAGGGGUUGGGUCUGUACGCCGCCAGGGACAUUGAGUCCCACACCAUGGUGAUUGAGUACAUCGGCACCCUCAUUCGCAACGAGGUCGCCAACCGGAUGGAGAAGAUGUAUGAAUCCCAGAACCGUGGGGUCUACAUGUUCCGCCUGGACAGUGAGCAUGUCGUCGACGCCACCAUAACAGGCGGACCAGCAAGAUAUAUCAACCACUCCUGUGCCCCGAACUGCAUCACUGAGGCUGUGAGCUUGGAGAGAGGUGUUAAGAUCGUCAUCAGCUCCUGCCGUAAUAUCCAGAGAGGAGAGGAGCUGUGUUACGACUACAAAUUUGACCUGGAGGACGACCAGCAUAAGAUCCCUUGCCACUGUGGUGCAGUUAACUGUCGGAAAUGGAUGAACUAGAACAGAGUGGCGGCAAAAGAUGGGCAACGACACUUUAAAAUUACACACAUGUGCAUUCCUUAAAGGCUUGUUGGUUGAUACGCUGUUACUUUAAAAAAUAAUAAUCGGGGGGAAAAGACUGACCGCAGAACUGUUAGAGGAAUCAAAAGGCAGAAAGACUAUUUUUAUAAAAGGCAGUGAGCUGAGUCUUUCACUCAGCAAAAAAAAGAGUAGAGAUGGAUUUUUGUUAAUAUUAAAAACGUGAGAGGGAAAUGGGUUUGGGGAUUGGGGCUGGGGAUUGGGGCUGGGGUAGAAUUCACCAGUUGACCAGGAGAGUUUUGUGCUGGCCACCGCCUUAUUUAGUUAGAGAGGCAGGUCCUCCGGAUUAAGAAAUAUAUACACAUAUAUAGUUACAGAAAUGUAGACGCCACUGAACAAGGAAUGUACAGAGAGGACUUCCUUAGGGACAAAGCUAAGGGAUUAUUAACUUGCACUAAAAACAAAAAAAAUAGUUAAAUACUUGAUUCCAUGAGUCAGUUUGUUUUUGAUUUAUGUAAAAUAAGAGAUUUUUUUUGUAUUUAUUAUCAAAUGAAGUUAUUUUUUUAAAUGAGGAGAAAGAGUCACCGGCAAACUGCAGCCCAGUCUAAUCAGAACGUGUUACUAUAUACAAUGUGUAAAUAUCUGUAAAAAAGGAAAGAUGAAAUUAAGUAAAUAAUCAGCCAAAUGCUAAAUAAGCUUCAUGGCUGUUUGGAUGAUUCUUUAGUUGUUUUUUUCAACAACAAAAAAGUAUUUAAGAAGGAUAUCAUUGUGUAAAAGUAUUUUUGUUUUAUUUAGAAUGUAGUUGCGUUGUCUAAAAUUAUGACCACUUGAAGAAUGUUUUCUGUUUCUUUAAUUUGACAAUAAUUUACUUGCAUUGACAUGCGCAAUCUAAGAAUUGCACAGAGCACCAAUCAGAGACGGUUACAUCGUAACCCUUAGUUAAAUCAGAUUUGAACGUAUAAUUAGAGAACUGAAUUUAGGUUGGAAACCACCCACACCAUCGGUUGGCUUCUUUAACCGUAGCAUACGCACAGUAGUCUGAUUUACCUCAUGCAGUUAAUUAACAGACAUGUUUAAACAAUGUCUUUCACUUACCAUUUGCAGGAGACUCCAUUAUGCUUUUGACAAAAUGUGUUUACAUUUCUUUUGAAGAAGAAACGUGCUGGCUAGUUGAGAAAAAAAAUUGUAUGAUUUACUUCUUGACUCAAUCACAAAAGUCAAUCUGGUACUAGCAUUUUUCUGACCAGUAUGAAAUGAAGUUAUUUGUGUGCACAAAAGUCGGUAUAAACAGUACAUGGCAUGUAUGUUUUCAAAUUGUACAUAAUUUCCCCUCGUACAAUAUUCAGACCUCUUAACAGUAUGUGUCUUUUCUUUGUCCUGUAUAGUAGUAUCAAAUGUACGAAAAAAUGGAAGGCUUUUUAAAGUAUACAGAGUGAUGGGUUGAGGAAUCAGAUCAUUUACAAAAAAUAAAAUAUUUUACAUCUGAAA